CCAGAUGGUUGUUUCUAAUUCGAUGACACGUGAACCAAACCUCGCUUUCAGACCUUUUAAAUGAAAAUUACUCUCACAUAAAUAAGUUCCACAAUAAUCAUGUGAAUUGCAAAUACACAUCCACAGCCACGCCAGCUGAGGAAAAGGAGAUCACAUUCCUUCUCUCAUCAGCAUGACUUAAAAUCCCCUGAUUCUCAGAAACGCUGUGAGGCAGUCACAGGAAAACUGCACUGCCACUGCAGGCACUCCGAUGACCUUCACUUCAGCAGAGCACAUUACCCAAAGGUGCAAGGUUUGUCAGGUUCCCCUUCCUACCAUACCUUAUUAGUGCAGCAUUCAAAGAACUGCAUAAUGUGCAUUAUCAUUUCUAGUCUAUCACCCAGUUGGAAAGAAAAUCCUGGAUUCAGAUGUACUAAAUAUACUACAGGAUUAGUUUGCCAAGUCAGAGAAUGCCAUACCAAUCUUCUGAGCUCUCUGAGGAGAACUUACAGAGAGUCACAAAAAGCUAGAGACCCCCCAAACCACCCUAAAACUAAACAAGCUUCCAGAAGGACAUAAAUUUUAAACAGCAACUGUUUAAGUAUUUCUGGACACAGGUUACACAGAUCACACUCUGCUCCUGGCAGGAUUAGGACGAAGUCAUCAUAUUGUGCACAGAUACCAACAUCAAACUAAGCAGCAAUAGCCCAUGUGCUCCUAGGAAAGAUCAUGUACAGCAAGACUGAAAUAAAUUUAAAAUGCUCCAACCAUCUAACUUAACAGAAGAUGGAGAUGUUAGGGAAAACAACAUUCACUGAAAUGAUCAAAAAAAAACCAACCAACACAUAAGCUUCCAGUUCAGUACUAAUUCAUGUUCUCCUGGGAUGCUGAUAUUGACGUUCCUUCAUCUCAAAACUCUGCAACACACUUUCUGCUGAAAUGUAGGUAAGCCUUCAGAAAACACUCCUAACAACCACAAAGAUUCACUCUGUGUUACUCUGAGAAAGUUCAGGCAGCCUUCAGAUUAUUUGCUUGCAUAUAUGUUAGGUCAGAAAACUACUCUUAGAAUACCUCUGACAUGUCAUAUAAGAUGUGGUAUGGCCUUUUUCUUUUUUUUCCCCCUCACAAACAGAAAAUUAUAGAUGGCCAAGCCUGUGCAGGUACAUUGCAACCUCAUGAGUGUAUCUGACUGCUGCACUUGGAACUUUGCACCUGCCCUGCAAAACAGGAACUUUCUGUAACCAGCAUAAGAAGAUGCUUAAUAUUUUUAUGUUCAUCAGCUUCUCUCAAGUUAACUUUUAACACAACUAAGUAAUUUUCCUGGAUUAAAUCUGUGUUUGCGUGUAUCUUUUGCCCCCGAGCCACCUCUAAGUGCCUGCUUCUGUUGAUUUCUCUGCGAGCUGUCAGCAGAGCUGCUGACACACGGCACAAUGAGGGAGCUCAGAGGAUUUCUGAGGCCUCCAGCCCCCACCAGCAGCAUUCAGAACCGCUCAGCUGUGAAAGUCGCCGCUCCCACUGAAGCUCAACAGCCUUUAGAAGGUGUUGGGUUGCAAUCAGAAGAAAGACACAUGCUAACAUAUCACGGAAAGCACAACGCAGCGUGUUGGUGGUCACGAGCAAGGAGCCAUUCGGGCACAGCGACCAGAUGAGCCCGCGGUGCUGCAGGGGGAGCAGCUCCCUCCUGCCAACUUCUGACAGACGUCACCCACAGCGCUGGGAGUUUCGGUACGGCUUUUGUGACAAACGUAUCGCAGGGCUGAGCUUCCAGCUGCCGAAAUUAAACAAAAUAAAGGGGAACGCGGGGCUGCCAGCCUCCCAGCGGCUCCCAGAGGAAAGCUCGCCGGCUAACUUCGGCAGAAGCACAACUUCUCCAGCCGCAAGCUGAGCGCGCUCUGCCAGCGCAGCGCCCAGAAAUGACGGACGCGGCUGAGCGCACCGCAGCGCCCAGCGACGGGGAACAACUUACGGGAGAAAGCCGGGCACGGAGGGAGAGCGCCAAGCCGACGCGUCCAGUGUCCCUACUAAGGAUGGCGAUGGAGUGCACGUAGAAGCCAGAAAGCCACGAGAUGACUGAGUCAGUUACUGGCCACGCCUUGUAAGAACAACAGGACAACAAAGAAACCUGAAAAUAAAACCAUCUGCCAAAAACCACGCAGGGAGGAAACGUCCAAAAUGAUGCAUGUCUUUACAUGUUCCCUACUAUGCUAACAUAAUGAGAAUAAAGCAUUAGUGUUCAAAGCAGCGAGCAGGGAUUUUUAACGACAUCAAUCCCUCCACAAGAGUAGUCCCUCUGGUGUCAUAAAGAGCAUGGCUCACAGGAAUGAGAUCAGAACAUAGGAAUAAAAGGACAAAGGAAAAAAAAGAAGGACACAACUAUGGUCAAAAUAUUUGGUAAAUAUAAAUUGCUUUCAUGUUGUUGCCUUUCUGUUGCUUCAAGCAGAUCUGGACAGGGACCCAGAAAAUAAUUUUGCUUGCAUAAUGACAAAGUUUAUUUUACUUUUAAAAAGUCAUCAGUGUUCAUCAGAGGAGGGAGGAGUGCUGGUUUGAAUCAGGCAUGUUGCAAGCAGAUGUUAUGCAAACAGUCCUGCCAAUGCAUUGCAAUCCUGAGUUAUGACAUUCACUGCAUCUGCAGUUUGGGUCCUUUUUUGGGCCACAGCUUCAUCUGUUGGUUUUCCCAAAAUGGGGAUGGUAUUCUUGUGAUGCACACAAAAACUUUAAGAAGAUCAAAAUACUAUUUUUCAUUUUCAGACCUGAAGAAUUUGGACACCGUAUCUGAAUUACAUGGCUGAUCAGUAGCAAGGAUGGAAAUGGGAAAGCACAUUUAUCUAUCAUCAUAUGGUUGCAGGAAUAGCUCUUUUAGGUAACACAUUUCUGGCUUCUUUCCCACAACACUUUUGGUGAACUACAGCCUCUUGCCAUUUCCUUCCAUUCCUACAAGUUGUUUCCCAGUAUCAUUUUAAAAAUCUGUCAUGCGUUUUACAUUAAAAUACUCCUUUACCCUACAAGUGUUUGAAAUGGCAACAUCUUUCCAUAACCUCAAAACAAAUAAAGGAAUAAAUGAAGAAUAGGCAAUGUAACCAAACUAACUGCACUGAGCAGAACAACUGUGCUUUAGAAAGACUGCAGGUUCUUAAACAGGAGACGAAGUACUGUUGCUAUUACAGAUUAAAAGCUGUAAGCAGAGAAUGUCAGAUAAUCAAAAGAUCAUCAUUUCUACUUCUAGGAUGCAGUACUUAGAAAAAUGAAAAAUUCUCUCUGUAUACAGAGAUAAUUAUUUUCUUGGAAAUCUAAAUGGCCCAUUUCCUUAUCAUACAUCCUAAUGGAACUAUUGUAAGUUUCACAUUUUUAAGUAUACACUCCACCGUGCUUUCAGACUUUAAUCUUGAAAGGAAGUAUGCGGGAGUGUGGAUGUAAAGCAGAAUAACAGUUUUUACAUUUAUUGUUCUCUAUUUAUAUUGCAAUUUCCAUCUUUAAGCACUAAGAAUACUGAUAAAGCCUGUACGAGCCUAGCAGCCCCUGCCAUGCCAUCAGAAAUCAUAUUACUAUUUUUUGCCAAAGCAGCAGUGUAAGAGUAACAAACAGAGGCUGUAACUUCAUCACUUUAAAGCUCCAUGCUUCUAUUACUGAAUGCAUCACAUACAGCUCUGUGCUUCUGUUACUGACUACAUCACAUACAGCUCUGUGCUUCUGUUACUGAAUUUGUUUUAUUUUGUUAUUUGUUUUACAUGUGUUGUGAUUAAGUUCAAUGAAGGCCAUCAGCUGGUGGCACAAGGACUUCUUGCUGCACAUCAAUAUAGAAGGAUCGUAGUUCAUGAGCAGUUUGAGCAGCGCUGAGGCAUCCGAUGUAGCAUAACAGAUACCAGUUUUCGGCUCUCUGCAACGUGAUUGUUGGAUCUGCGAUGAGAGCGAGAGGAGACAAGAGAAAAAUCAGCUUUCCGACCGCUGAGCAAUGGACAUCGGACGCCGAGAGCACGCUGUGGGUGAGCCGCACGGCGGACAGCGCAAGGGCGCAUCGCCGUCCGCCCGCCCGUCACAGGAUUCCUUCGCAGCCGAACUCGGCAGGCUGUGAAAUUCGUUCUCCACGCAGAGGGGCGGGUUCCUUAUCCCCCGUCUGUGUGAGCCGUGUCACUGACCGAUACGAAGUCCCACGGCUGAGCGGAGCUCCGCGGGCGCUCUCUGGGGCCGUCUCCUCCCAACCCCCCCCCGACCGUGGGCGGCCGUCCCUUCCUCGGCCCGGCCCCGAAUCUCUACGAUCCCUUGCCGUAAUCGCCGAGGCGCCGGAUCCCGCCGAGGCAGGCGCGACUGACAGAAGCCUCGACCCCUCGCCUCCAGAGCUCCGCCGCGGCCCUCAGCCUGACAGGACGGCUGCUCCGCAGCCCCCGCCCCGCAGCCGUUCUGCCUGCGCGGGCCGCUCCCGGCCUUUCCAACCCGCCGUCCCGCUCCCUGGGAAUCCUACCGAUCGCCUACCCCCGUGCCCCCGGCUCGCGCCAGGCCCAUAGAGCGGCGCCGGCGCCGUGCUAGAACGUACACAGCGGGGGCCGCCUCGGCCCUACGCGCGGAGGCGGCGGCGCCGCAGCGCCCCCCUGCGGCAACAGCCGGGGUGGCGGCGCGGCGAGGAGAGAAAGGGAGAAGGGGCAGUAAUGGCGGCCGGCUAGCGCGGGGCUGAGCCGAGGAGGCGGCGGCAGCGGCGGGAGGAGUCGGCGCGGUUCUGUCUUGUGGUUCUGCCCGGCGGAGCGGCGUCCCCGAAGGACUUCUCCUUCUUCCCCCUCCCCUUCCCCUCCCUUCCCGAGUCCUCGCCUGUCCGCCCUCCCUCCUCCCUCCGCGCCGGCGGCGGCGGCGGCGGCAGCAGCGGCGGCGGCGGCGGCGGCGGGGCCCCCCGCGACCCCCUCCCCGGGGCCAUGGUGAACACCAGGAAGAGCUCCUUGCGCCCCCUGGGCAAAGCGGCGGCCGCGGCGGCCGGAGCCGGCAGCCAUUUCAUCUCGUCCCGGACCCGCUCUUCCAAAAGGGGCACCAAGGCAGAUGCGGCCGGGCUGGAAGAGACGGCGGCGGCGCGGAAAGAUGAAGGUAGCGAUGGUAGUUUGAGCGAUAGCCACAUAUCUCCUCCUGCCAAACGUACCUCAAAACAUGCGGAUCCUGUGUGCAAAGACAAAUCAAAAUCACGCAGUACUGGGCAGCGAGAGGAAUGGAGCAUCUCAGCUGGACAGUCCAGGUUAACUUCUCCACCUGGUGCUACACUACCAAAUGGACGUAGCUUAUCUCUCAAAAGCCAUCCCCUUCGAGGGGAAAAAAAGGGAGAUGGGGACCAUGCUUGCAUAAACGGAGAUAUAGAAGUCAGAAAAAGUUGUCGGUCCAGGAAAAACAGAUUUGAAACUUUGAAUCAGAGUUUGUUGUUUGAUCAGCUAGUCAACAGUACUGCUGAAGCUGUCCUACAGGAAAUGGAUAAUAUUAACAUCAGGAGAAACAGGCGCUCUGGGGAAGUAGAACGGCUGCGAAUGUGGACGGAUACAGAGUUUGAGAACAUGGAUAUGUAUUCACGAGUGAAAAGAAGAAGGAAAUCACUGAGGAGAAAUAGCUAUGGGAUUCAGAACCACCAUGAAGUGUCCACAGAAGGUGAAGAAGAAGAGUCUCAGGAAGAAGAUGGAGAUAUAGAAGCAGAAGAAGCUGAAGGAGAAGAAAAUGACCGACCAUAUAAUCUAAGACAGAGAAAAACUGUUGAAAGGUAUCAGGCCCCUCCAAUAGUGCCAGCUCACCAAAAAAAGAGAGAAAAUACACUGUUUGAUAUUCACAGAUCUCCUGCAAGAAGAAGCCAUAUCAGGAGAAAGAAGCAUGCCAUUCACAGCAGUGAUACCACUUCCUCAGAUGAAGAACGUUUUGAAAGAAGAAAAUCUAAAAGCAUGGCCAGAGCAAGAAAUAGGUGCCUGCCUUUAAACUUCAGAGCAGAAGAUUUAGCUAGUGGAAUCCUGCGAGAACGUGUGAAAGUUGGUGCAAGCUUGGCUGAUGUUGACCCUAUGAUUGUUGAUAAAUCUGUUCGUUUUGAUAGUAUAGGGGGUUUGAGUCAUCACAUCCUUGCACUUAAGGAAAUGGUAGUGUUUCCUCUUCUCUAUCCAGAAAUAUUUGAAAAAUUCAAAAUUCAGCCACCAAGGGGCUGUUUAUUCUAUGGUCCUCCUGGAACAGGUAAAACCUUGGUAGCUAGAGCUCUAGCUAAUGAAUGCAGUCAAGGAGACAAAAAGGUGGCUUUCUUUAUGAGGAAAGGAGCAGACUGUCUCAGUAAGUGGGUUGGCGAAUCUGAACGUCAGCUUCGACUCCUUUUUGAUCAGGCAUACUUGAUGAGACCCUCUAUAAUCUUCUUUGAUGAAAUAGAUGGUUUGGCUCCAGUUCGUUCUAGUAGACAAGAUCAGAUUCACAGUUCUAUAGUGUCUACUCUUCUUGCCCUCAUGGAUGGACUGGAUAAUAGAGGAGAGAUAGUUGUUAUUGGUGCUACAAAUAGACUGGAUUCUAUAGAUCCUGCACUCAGGAGACCUGGUCGUUUUGACAGGGAAUUUCUUUUCAACUUGCCUGAUCAAAAGGCACGAAAGCACAUUUUACAAAUUCAUACCAGGGAUUGGAACCCCAAACUGUCAGAUCCUUUCUUAGGAGAACUAGCUGAAAAAUGUGUUGGGUACUGCGGGGCCGACAUAAAAGCACUUUGCACUGAGGCUGCCUUGAUUGCCCUGAGACGACGCUACCCCCAGAUUUAUGUGAGCAGUCAGAAGCUACAGCUUGAUGUUUCGUCAGUAGUUCUCAGUGCACAGGAUUUUUAUCAUGCAAUGCAGAACAUUGUGCCUGCUUCCCAACGUGCCGUGACGUCUUCAGGACACGCAUUAUCUCCUGUGAUCAGACCACUGUUGGAACGUACCUUUGCUGACCUUCUUGAGGUUUUACACAAAGUGUUUCCUCACGCUGAGUUCAGCCAGAGUGACAAAAGUGAAGAUGUACCAAGUCUAAUAUUAGAUGAUAGUGAAGAUGAGAAUGCUUCAUCAAUUUUUGAGACGAGCUGUCCCUCAGGAUCACCAAAGAAACAGUCAUCAGCUGCUAUACAUAAACCCUACCUUCAUUUUACAAUGUCAGCUUAUCACCAGCCAACCUCUUACCGACCGAGAUUACUGCUAACUGGAGAGAGGGGUUCGGGUCAGACUUCACACCUUGCUCCAGCACUAUUGCACACUCUUGAAAAGUUCUCUGUACACAGGCUAGAUCUGCCAGCACUUUAUUCAGUCAGUGCCAAAACACCUGAAGAAUCGUGUGCACAGAUCUUUCGUGAAGCUCGAAGAACAGUACCAAGUAUUGUUUACAUGCCUCAGAUUGGUGAUUGGUGGGAAGCUGUCAGUGAAACUGUGAGAGCUACUUUUCUAACCUUGCUGCAAGAUAUACCAUCUUUCUCCCCUAUAUUUCUGCUGUCUACCUCUGAGUCCAUGUAUAGUGAAUUGCCUGAAGAGGUGAAAUGUAUUUUCAGAAUCCAAUAUGAAGAGGUUUUUUAUAUUCAGAAACCAAGUGAAGAAGACAGAUUGCGAUUUUUCAGAGGAUUAAUUCUUGAUGAGGCUGCAAUGCCCCCACCAAGAAGGAAACAGGCUGCUCUUCGUGCUAUGGAAGUUCUUCCUCUUGCACUGCCGUCUCCUGCCCGUGAGCUGUCGGAAGCAGAAAAACAACGAAUGGAGGACCAGGAAGAGAACACGUUGAGAGAGCUGCGGUUGUUUCUCAGGGAUGUAACCAAGAGGCUGGCGACAGACAAGCGCUUUAACAUCUUCAGCAAACCGGUGGAUAUUGAAGAGGUUUCAGAUUACCUUGAAGUUAUCAAAGAGCCAAUGGACCUGUCAACAGUAAUAACCAAAAUUGAUAAACACAACUACUUAACAGCCAAGGAUUUCCUAACAGAUAUUGAUCUGAUAUGCAGCAAUGCAUUGGAGUACAAUCCAGACAAAGAUCCUGGAGAUAAAAUAAUAAGACAUAGAGCUUGUACUUUGAAGGACACUGCUCAUGCUAUCAUUGCUGCUGAACUGGAUCCAGAAUUUAAUAAGAUGUGUGAAGAAAUCAAGGAAGCAAGAAGAAAAAGAGGCUUAUCAGUAACAGCAGAACAAAUAAAUCCUCACGGUUCCACUGUACGCAAAACAGAAGCUAGAGUUGAAGAAACGUUUCGGAACAAACAGAAGCCCACGAUGGCGGUUUGGCCCAACUCUGCAACUAAAUGUGCAUUUCGAAUAAGGAGAAAGUCAAGACGGCGCUCACAGUGGGGCAAAGGCAUUAUCAAGAAGAGGAAAGUCAAUAAUUUAAAGAAAGAUGAAGAUGAUGCAAAGUUUGCUGACGAUGAAAAUCAUGGAGAGGACAGUAAAUUGCUGGAAAAUGGUGAGCUAGAAAUCAGCACUGACUGCAUUGAGGAGAAUGGGGAGGAAAUAGGAGAUCUCUCUAUGACAAAUGAUGAAUCCUCUUGUGAUAUUAUGGAUAUAGAUGCAGAGCAGAGGCUUAACAAUGGGACAUCAGGAAAGGAAAACAACUUUGCAUCUACGGAAGAAGAGAGCUCAAAUGAAUCUCUCUUAAUAACUGAGAGAGUUACUCUGAAUGCUGAAAAGGAUUUAAGGAAAGACUCUACACUGAAAGGAGACUGUGUAAAUGGAGAGACAUCUGUACACAGUUUAGAGGGUAUACCUGUUCCAGCAUGCCAUAAUGGUAAAGUGGAAUCAGUUGAUGCUGCUUCAACCAAUGACAACAGCACUGGAUCUAGUGACAAGAAAAAAUCUUCUGAAGAUCAGCCAAAGGACAAAACAGAACCUUGCAGUGAGAACCAAGGAGAUGAUUUACUGAAAGCAGAGGUACCACACUGCAGCAAUAAUGGAAAAACACUACAGAGCACAGACCUUGAGACUAAAGAUGCUGAACCAGAUAAAGAAGGUAUGUUAAAGAGUAAGAAAACUAGAAAAGUCACUGUGGAACAGUCAAAACUUGCAAGUCUGGAGCAUGUCCCAGAGGAACCAUCAGAUCCAUUACCCUCUGUAGUUGUUGACCAUGACAGACUAAAGAAACUGCUUUAUUUAGUGGUUAAGAAAAGUGACAACUUGACUGUUGACCAACUUGAGAGAUUGUAUUCACUCCUCAGCCAAUGCAUCUACAGGCAUCGUAGAGACUAUGACAAAUCACAACUUAUAGAGGAGAUGGAAAGAACAGUUCAUGUGUUUGAAACAUUCCUGUGAACUCGUCAAGAUGGGUGGGUUUGUCCUCUCUUAAACUGCUCAUGGGAGAGCAGUCCUCUGAGCCAUUCAGUUUCCAUUUGCACCAAGUAUGUGCAGAGCCUUGGUCUUAAGUGCUCUCUCUUUUUCUUUCUGUUGAAUUUGGUGCUAUUGUCUCAGGUACCUGAAACCAACCAGCCUACAAGAACCAAACGGAACUUCAAAUAGUUGUAUCUGAUAUAAAUAAAGAAUACAAUGCCACACCUUGGAGAUUUUUGGUGCUACAGAAACUGUUCUCUCUUCUGCUCUUGUUCACUCUACAUGCAUUAUCUCUGGUGAAACUUCAGGCAAAGUGGAGACCAACAUACGUGAGAGAACUGAAAAGAGCAGAUCUAAGUUGAAUAUUUUUAAACAGGCAACCUUUUUUAUUUUUUUUUUUCCAAUCUUUCUCUUCUCUGGGGCAAUGGACAAAAAAAAUCUGUUCUAAAGAAGGCAAUGAUGCAUUGUGGUAGGAAUCUUGAGUAACUGGAUGUACAGUAAUUUGAAGAUGAGGCUCUCUAGAACUGCCUAUUAUGUGCCUUUUAGUCAAUUGAGAAAGAUAAGGCUAAUCAAUUGGUUUGGAUUAUAGCAAAUGGCAAUGUUAGAAAGCUCUCUUCAGAAUGACGAUCUGUAGAUCGUAUCUGUGUUCUCUUCAUUGGAUGGCAGCCAGUAUUAUGAUUCUAUAAUGCCUGUCUUACUCUACAGAACUAAACUAAGACACGCUGAAAAAGCCACAUACUUUACCAAAAUGGUGAAAUUUCCUUUUCAUUGAUACAGACUUGUUUUAGAAACAAGUUACACAGUGAAACUCCUCCGUGUUGCUAAAAGUGAAGCGUUUUCCCACCAUUCCUUUGUUGUCCAUCUGGAGUUUCUUUAAGAAAAGCCAGUUUAAUACUGGCAGGUUUCUGUGUGUGUAAUAUAGCUUGGACUGUGCAGUGCAGGUAAGAAGAUGUCGGUCAAAAUCCUGGAGCCCAAGCUCACCUGAAAGUCAAACUUAAAGUAGGCUUCACGACUCAGUCAAUGCAAAGCACUGUUAAUGUCAGGAGACUGGAGGACAGCCUUUCAAAUCGAUCUGUUCGGACCACAGUUCUCCAGUCUGAAUUGUGUAGUUCAAAAUCUUUCCUCUCUGGAAACUGAAGAAAACAGUCUAGGCAGUUUCAAGAAAAAAGUUUUGUCACGAGCUCGGUAUUAAGAUGCUACCUGGGCUGAUUUCUUUCAAAUGUAAGUGGAAACUGUUGUAGAGAAGUUGGCUGGUGUUACUGUCUCUACCCAUCCAUCGUAUCCCUACGUAGCUGCGGAAGUGUCUUUCCAGAAAUAUGCAACACAGUGUGAUUAGUUUUUAAUUAGAGAAAACAGUCUUGGACUACUGCAGAGAUACUGAGCUACCUCAGCUUUUUGUAUUUUAGUUACCAACAGUGUUUAUUGAGGACUGUAAUCACUCUGCUCCCAUUUACAAGCUGAAGCUAAGGUACUUGUCUCCACCUCUAUGGCUAACAGUAGUAAACCACUGCAGAGAAACAAACACGGGCCUUGGGCUACUGCAGUAAUCCAAAGUGCUUUGUAUAUUAUAAUUCAACAUAAUUCUGUCUUGGAACUAUUUCUCCCCUGAAUGCCACUGUUUUUCUUUGUAGCUAAUGGCAGAAAAAGGUUUUAGGUAUUCUUGUACAUCUAGUUACACCUAAAUGCAACCCAUGCAGAAUCGCUGUAUUUUUUAGGUGGGAAAGUGCGAUUAAAAACAACAAAAAACAAGCAGAAAACACAUUUUAGAUGAGAUUCUUUGAUCUCAGAUUUGUUUAGGGGAUUUUUUUUCACGUUUUGUUUAGUAUUUAUUAGCGUCAUACCUGUUUGAGAUAUUUUUGUGUCUGGUACAUUAACAGCAUUUUGUAUUUUGAUGGAAAUUGUUACAAACUUUAAGAUUUGAUUAAAUAAAAUGUAGCAGAUUUUUUGUAGCAAGUUUCUGAUAAAAGGGUUUUUUGCAAGUCUCAGGUUCUUGCUGCAGAAUUUUUUAAAAAUAUUUAUUCCAGUUUCACUUACUCAAAGGAGUUUUUGUUCAAGUAACAGCAGCACUUGUGGAAGAUAAAACUGCAUACGUUUUUAAGACGAUAAUAAAUUUAUAUGAAUUAAAACAGUUGAGAAGUUUAGUCACCAGUGAGUGUAAAAUGCAAGUUUAAGCUAAUGCCUGGCAUUAAAAAUGGUUCUGAAAAGUCAUGUUUCUAAAGGAAAAUUUUUACUGUCAGUUGUUGAUUGGGAAAAAUCUUAAGAGGCGGCUCUGUGAAUAGGGGAGCUGCCAUGUUGUUUAGAGAAAAGUAGCUGAUUUCAAAUGUGGUAGUGGACAGCCUACAUAAAAUGAUAUACCCGCCUUCGUAGCCCAAAUAACCACAGUUCAGUUUUGUUUUCCUUUACAGAUGUCUGGUGGUUCUAGAGUUAAAGCAGCUGUUAAUCUAUCCAUGUGGUCUAAACUUGUUUACUCUUUGUAUGUUUUUAUUUUUAAUUUUUUUUUUUGUUUGUUUGUUUUUUGCCAUAUAGCACUGGCAAGAAUUUGUACAAAUUGACCUCUCUUCCUUGUUUCUUAUUGUGAAAAUUGCAAAUAAACUCCUGUGUGAGUCCUGGGGUCAAUGAAACGUGGCUACCCAUGAGAGAGGAGGUGGGGCUGUACUGGAGAUGGAGUUGCUCUUGGGUGGAGUUGAUGGCUAUGGAGUUGAUUGUAUUUGCAAGCUUGAAUCUCACCUGUGAUUAAUUAUUUUUUGUUUUGUGUCCUCUGUAUUGUUACUUGAUUUCCUCAUAUGCCAAUGUAUUUAUAGGAUUACUGGUUUUUGUAAUAUCCUGUCUUCCUUUUUUUUUGUUUGUUUGUUUUGGUGGGUUGGUGGGUCAGCUGUGGCUUAUCCUUCAGGCUCCUGAAUGGCAGGUCCUGCAGCUGAUAGUCAUUUAUUUUAUUUUUAUUUUAUUUUGUAAUCACAACAUAAGCUUGAAUUUGGGCUUGUACUUGCAUCUUUUGUAUCCUGUACAUUGGGUUAUUUAGACAUUGGGGAGUCCUGUUUGGUUUCAUUAACGUGUGUCUACUUGGUGGAUUAAGUAGACUUCCUUCAUCAACUAUGGUAUAUUUUGAAUUCUAUAGUUUUAUUCAGAACUGUGUUCAAAUUGAUGUUUUGCAGUUUGACUUCAUUUUACGUUAGUUUGAAGUAAGUUAUUUAAUUUUUUGAACUUCUGGAAAUUUUGAACAUUUUACUGUAAUUUGUAAUAUAACUGCUGUGAAAUACUUGAAUAAAGAUGACAAGAAAACACA